GACUGUUUUUUGGUCCGAAGGAAAGGAGGAAGAAGGAGAUUGUGAUGGAGAAAGGGGGUCUGUAAAACGUCAGGCACCGCACAAAGGCUUUGCCACGUAAUUACAGGCUCCUAUUAAGUCGAGAUCUGCCCUCCCAGGGGUCUCCAAUUUUCUUGUAUUCCCUACAAAGCCUCCUCUGCAUGCCAGUUUGUGCCUUUUGAAGUGCCAGAGAGCUUCUUGAUCCAACUGAGAAGGAAAAAGGAGCUCAGCGAGAAGAGGGGGAGAGCGAGCGAGAAGGGAAAGGGGGGAAACCCACCACCACCCUCCUUCGGACUCUUGAAGCCCUUUUUUUUUCUUCUUACGAAAAGUAAAGUGAGAAUCCUGCUCUCCAAUACAUCUGCAAGACAUCACCCUCUCCUCCUGAAACUUUAGUCACUCCUGAGAAUCCACAGGAGUGCAGAGAGGGGGAACACGUUUUCUUGAAGAUGUUUUAAAGCUGGAACAAGCCUUCUUCUGUUGGUGCUUGAACUCUUGCCUGGGAAUAACUUUUUUAACCUUGAAAAAAAACCCACUUUGAUUCUUCUCUCCCACCCCUUCUUCUCUCUUCUUCUGUUUGCCUAACUCCCCCGCCCUGCUGGCCUCCCCUUUCCUUUCUCCCCCUUAUUAUUAUUUUUAGUGUGUGCGUGUGGACGCUUUUGGAGAGCUGGAAGGAAUUUUUUUUUUCCUCCUGACUUGAACAUAGGGUGACUUUUUAAUUUUAUUUUUUGGUGUGGAUUAUCUCCUUGGACCGCGCCGGACUUGGCCUCAGGAAAGCAACCGAGGCUGUCGAAGGUUGUUGGUGCAGAACGCUCGCUCUGCAGAAGGGGGUCCCCCGCCCUCUUUCCUUUUUUUUUUUUUUUUUGUCCUUAGCCUCCUUCUCUCUCUUCUCUCUCUCUCUCUCUCUCUCUCUCUCCCGCUCUCGCUCUCGCUCUCUCUCCACUCCCCCCUCUCUCUUCCCCACUCGGCUCCUCUCCCCCCUCGCGCCCACAGCGUUUGGUGUUGAUUCGAGCGGGAAGAGGGGGGUGGGUGGGAUCGGAGGGGGAGACCAUGACCUCCAGCUACGGGCACGUUCUGGAGCGGCAACCGGCGCUGGGCGGCCGCUUGGACAGCCCCGGCAACCUCGACACCCUGCAGGCGAAAAAGAACUUCUCCGUCAGUCACCUGCUAGACCUGGAGGAAGCCGGGGACAUGGUGGCGGCGCAGGCGGACGAGAGCGUGGGCGAGGCCGGCCGAAGCCUACUGGAGUCGCCGGGACUCACCAGCGGCAGCGACACCCCACAGCAGGACAAUGACCCGCUGAACUCCGAGGAGAAGAAGAAGAGGAAGCAGCGGAGGAACCGGACGACGUUCAACAGCAGCCAGCUGCAGGCGCUGGAGCGCGUGUUCGAGCGCACGCACUACCCCGACGCCUUCGUGCGGGAGGACCUGGCGCGCCGCGUGAACCUCACGGAGGCCCGAGUGCAGGUGUGGUUUCAGAACCGAAGAGCCAAAUUCCGCAGGAACGAGAGAGCCAUGCUGGCCAACAAAAACGCUUCCCUCCUCAAAUCCUACUCAGGGGACGUGACUGCUGUGGAGCAGCCCAUCGUACCUCGUCCUGCUCCACGACCCACCGAUUAUCUCUCCUGGGGGACGGCCUCUCCGUACAGAUCCUCGUCCCUCCCAAGAUGUUGUUUACACGAGGGGCUUCAUAACGGAUUCUAACGGAAGACACUGAAAAGCUGUACUUUUGUAACUUGUCGGGUGGACGAGACCAAACCACACCACCAUGCUGUGCCUCAGUUUACCUUUUUGUAAAAUGGGUUUAACAGUACUUACCUACCUCACAGGGGUGUUGUGAGGCUCUAUUCAUUUGCUCCUUCAUUCUUUGCUGUGUUCUCUGCUUGUGCAGCACUUGGUAGCCGUGGGAGGAAAGGGACUACAAAAGUAUACAAUGUUAAUGGAAGGAUAAGGUACCUGGAAGCCUUGUUUUCUAGCAAGGAAAUGCUACCUUGCUGUAAAUAUACCCUUCCUAUAGCCUUGUAUGUGGAAAUGAGAAAUAGGUUUAUAUUUACAGACCUCUCAAAAAUCACAUCACUUGACCAAAGAAUAAUUUAAGAUACACAGAACAGACAUAUUUUUGACAUAUUUUUAUCCUGACCAGGUUGGUUCUAAUACCUUUAGUUAUCAGUAAUUAAAAAGCUCUAGAUUGGUUUUGGCCAGAUAUGCCAACUCUGAGUGACAGGCAUGGACUGCUGAGUUUAAGAUGCACUUUCAGCACACACUUGUUCCCCCUCGGCCUAGCAAGUUGAACCAAUGGUGGAACUUUUUCAGCCAAACAGCCAUCAAUUGGAAAAUGUAUUUUAAAUGUUGAAUCUAUACUUCUUUUAGUAACAAGAAGAAAGCCCAUCUUGUGCAUUUUGCUUCCAUCCACUGAUUCCCUCUUCUUUUAGCGUAUUAUUAAAAUAUUUCUUACUGAUGUUUCACGUGGGCUGGCUGAACACCACAUAUUACUUGCUUCCUAAGGAUUCCCUAUACUAAUUCUUUGGUCCCACUAGCUGCUGCAGAUUAUCAAGAUUCAAAGGAACAGUGUAGACUAACAGAUGAAAACAUUCUUUGUGAAAUGAGUGCAAUCCAAGAAAUUGGUGAACAUUUGGAGUUUGGACUUUGGGCUACAGUGCAGGGAACAACUCAUACAAGACAAGGUGUUGCUAGGCAAGGGGAAUUUUUGAAGAGGGAGGAAAGGAAUAGAAGGUCAUGUGAAACAAAGUCAUUUGAAGCUUUCGUCCUGACAUCCGUUUUCAGUAGUGAACAGAAAAGCCUGAACCCAAAACCCAAACGCUGUGUGAAACUGGGCAGUUUUGCCACCAAUGCCUGGGAAGCAAUGACUGGGAAAUCAGAGAGUAGCCAGCGCUGGUCAGCCGUAGGAAUUUUCAUUGCUAGUGACUCAACACCACAAACAUUUAUUAUCUAAGCACCUGAUCAAGAAGUAUACACAUGAGACAAGCACUCAGUAUUGUUCAUUUAUUAUUGAUUUUUUUUUUUUAAGUAGAAGUUUGAUAUAUGAUUUAGAGGAGUAGCCUUUUGGCUUCCAAGCCAGGUCUCAACAGAGGGCCUCAGACCAACAAAGUUCCAAGGCGUCCUCCCUGCUCUUCACCAUCAUUAUACCCAGAUGCAGAUGAAAACAUGCGAACUGUCUGUCUGUGUCCCCAGUCCCUUCCCAAACAAGAUGCUGAUCUGUAGGACACGUGGCAGGUUAAGUCAAACCAGAAGAGGUGAUUGAAUAAAAAAGGGAAUGACACUUAGGGUAUAAAGAUCUCAUAAUAAAUAUAAUAUGUAAAUUAUAUCUUGCUUUAUGAUGUAAAAUAUACAUUGUUUGCGCUAGAAUAGAAAUGAUUCCUUUUCAAUAAAAAGAAGAAGGAUACUA